UCUUUCGGAGGGGGCGCUGCGAGCCCUUCGUGAAGCCCUCGGCUGAAUGCUGUGCCGCCUGGUGAAAACGCGAAGGUUCAGAGCGGUCUCCUGGUCUCAGCGGCAGGGAUCGUCGUCGUCCUCGUCUUCGUCCUCGUCGUCUUCGUCCACGUCGUCGUCCUCGUCGUCUUCGUCGUCGUCGUCGAUCUGGUCGUCCUCGUCGUCCUCGACGUCCUCUUCGUCGUCGUCGUCCUCGUCGUCGUCGUCGCCGCCGUCGUGCGUCCAGAAGCAUGCCGCGCCCCGCCGCCCCGCGCGCGCUGCUGGCGCUCGCCGCGCUGCGCCUGCUGGCGCCCUGCAGCGCCGGGGGCGGCCUGCGGGCGGCGGGCCGCGUCGCUCUGGGCGACGCGGAGGCCGCGCUGGCCGCGGAGCUGCGCGGCGGCCGCAGCGAGGAGAGACUGAGGGGGCUCGAGGACGCGCUCCGCGGCACGUUCACCGCGCUCCCCAAGGACGCAGAUGGCCGCCUCGGGCACCUGGGGGUCCGCUACGUCCUGCACCGCCUCUUCGUGCAGCGCCGCGGCUGGUACGUCAAGGGCCUCGAGCCUGGGGCCGAGGCGCCGCAGGAGGAAUGGGUGCCGUCCUUCCUGCAGAGCAGGCUCGAGCAGGAGCUCGCCGGCCGUGGCGCGACGCUGCGGGACUUGGCCGUGCUCUCCGCGGCGAUCGAGGACCUCAUCAGGCAGGAAGCAGCAGGUCGCCUGGAGGCCGUGUACGGCAUGCACGGCCUUUCCGCCAGGGCGAGGCUGGACAAGACGCAGGCCGAGCAGGUCAUAACAACGUUCUACGUCGCCUUCCUGACGGAGGGUGAUUUCAACGUCACCGGCUCAGAGGAGGUGGAGCGCGCCAAGCAGCUGUUCGCGCAGGAGUACACGGGCUGGACCGAAUCGGUGGAGUGGCUCAAGGGCAUCGUGGCCACCGCCAUGGAGUCGGAGCUGGCGCCGGGCGACGAGGAGUACAGCUACGAGGUCAUCGAGCGCGUCGCCCUGGACAUCGGGGAUAAUUAUUACAAGUUCAACGACCUGGAGUGCCAGGCGCUCAAGGCGGAGAUGAAAGGUCUGGAGUCCAGGAAGGCUGGGCGUGUGAGGCUGCCGGAGUUCUACAAGAAGGCCCUGUACAGCCACUGGCGCUUCGACGAGAAGCUCGAAUACCUCCGCACCCUCGGCGCCGCGGAUGAGACGGAGCAGGGCAACCCCCUGGUCAUCCUGCCGAACUACCUCACGGCGCGUACCAACUGCCUCGAGGCGACGGGCAUCUAUGCGGUGUGCUGCCGGAACGAGUGCGAGGACCUGAUGGGGCGCCUGGAGGCGGAGGUGGCUGCCCCGGAGGCCACCCCCGCCGAGCUCAUCCCGAU